UGUCAGGCGGUGACGGCGGGCGGGACGCGCCCAGGUUGUUGCUGCUGCCGGGACGCGGCUGGGUGCGGGCGGCGGCUCGCGGAGGGGGCGGCGGCGGCGGGGAGCGCGGCGGACCCGGCCCGGCCAUGGACGAGCAAGCGGGUCCCGGCGUUUUCUUCAGCAACAACAACAACAACAACGCUCUGCUUCUGCCGCCGCCGGCGGGCGGGCCGGGGCUGGAGCCGGGCGAGGCGGCGGCGGCAGCGGCCGCUGCGGCGGCGGCGGGAGGCGCCGGCGGCGGCGGGGGGGUCUCGGCCUCCGGAGCCGCCGCACCGGUGUCGGCGGCCCGGGCUCAGUACAGCGUGCCGGGCAUCCUGCAUUUCCUGCAGCACGAGUGGGGCCGCUUCGAGGCGGAGCGCGCCGAGUGGGAGGCGGAGCGGGCGGAGCUGCAGGCCCAGAUCGCCUUUCUUCAAGGUGAAAGGAAAGGACAAGAAAAUCUGAAGAAGGAUCUAGUGCGAAGAAUCAAAAUGCUGGAAUAUGCGCUUAAACAGGAAAGAGCUAAAUAUCACAAAUUAAAAUAUGGCACAGAAUUGAAUCAGGGAGAUAUGAAGCCACCAAACUAUGAUUCCGAUGAAGGGAAUGAGACAGAGAUUCAGCCAGAACAAAACAGUCAGCUAAUAUGGAAACAAGGACGACAGCUGCUAAGACAGUAUCUGCAAGAAGUGGGCUACACUGACACGAUACUGGAUGUGAAGUCAAAACGAGUACGAGCUUUAUUGGGCCUCUCGAGUGAUGCUUCAGAGAAGGAAAACAGAAAUCAAGAGCCAAUGGUAAAUGGCACAGAAGGCCAGAUUAAAGAAAACGCAAUGAUUGGGAAACCUGAAUUGACUGACUCUGCCUCUCUGCUAGAGACCUUCAAGUUUCUUGAAAAUGCAGCUGCAGACUUUAGUGAUGAGGAAGAUGAGGAAGAUAUUGAAGGAAGAGAGAAAACAAUCAUUGAUACCGCAACAAUUGUAAGAAAAAGAGUGCUAUCUGACAGCAGUGAAGACAGAGACACAGAAGAAGCUUUGAAAGAGUUUGACUUUUUGGUUACCUCAGAUGAAGGUGAUGGGGAAUCAAGAAGUUCAGGAGAUGGAACAGACUGGGAAAAGGAAGACCAGUGUCUCAUGCCUGAAGCUUGGAAUGUCGACCAGGGAGUAAUAACCAAACUCAAGGAACAAUACAAAAAGGAGCGCAAGGGGAAAAAGGGGGUGAAGAGAAAAACUACGGAAGAUAUGUUUCAGCCUCAAUCCUAUAUAAAACAGUCAAAACAGGGAUGUGGGAAAAUGAUGGAGCAAAGCACAGGGCCCAACAGGUCAAAGCUGCAAGAUAUGCUUGCAAACUUGAGAGAUGUUGAUGACCUUCCUUCAUUACAGCCAUCUGUUGCACCUUCUUCUAGGCCCAGUAGCUCAAGGCUCAUUGAACAUGAGAUAAACAGGACGGAUGAAGUGGAAGCUUUAACAUUCCCUCCUUCUUCAGGGAAAUCUUUCAUUAUGGGAACAGAUGAAGCUCUUGAAAAUGAGCUGGGUCUUGGAGAACUGGCAGGCCUUACAGUAGCCAAUGAGGCAGAUUCGCUGACUUAUGAUAUAGGAAACAAUAAGGAUGCAUUGAGAAAGACUUGGAACCCCAAAUUCACAUUAAGAAGUCACUUUGAUGGAAUAAGAGGUCUCGCUUUUCAUCCAGUUGAACCAGUCUUAAUAACAGCUUCAGAGGACCAUACAUUAAAAAUGUGGAAUUUACAAAAAACAGCCCCAGCAAAAAAGAGUGCUUCUCUUGAUGUAGAGCCAAUAUAUACCUUCAGAGCACAUAAUGGACCAGUGCUCUGUGUGGUGAUGAGCAGUAAUGGUGAACAGUGUUACAGUGGGGGAACGGAUGGCCUCAUCCAUGGCUGGAACACAACCAACCCAAACAUCGACCCCUAUGACUCUUACGAUCCUUCUGUUCUAAGAGGUGCUUUUGUAGGCCAUACGGAUGCAGUAUGGGGUCUGGUUUACAGUGGAGCACACCAGCGUUUGCUGUCCUGUUCAGCAGACGGCACUAUACGUUUGUGGAAAGCUACAGAAAUUGCUCCAGCUCUCAAUAUAUUUAAUGAUAAUCAAGAAAUGGGAAUCCCUUCGUCGGUAGAUCUUGUGAGCAGUGACCCAAGCCUCAUGGUAGCAUCAUUUAACAGUGGACACACUAGCAUUUUUAACAUGGAAACACGGCAACAAAUUCUUACUUUGGAGUCAAGCGUGGAUACUACAGUCAGUUCCUCCUGUCAGAUAAACAAGGUCAUCAGCCAUCCAACUCUUCCAAUUAGUAUCACUGCUCAUGAAGACAGACACAUCAAAUUCUACGACAACAAUACAGGAAAAUUGAUCCACUCCAUGGUAGCUCACUUAGAUGCAGUUACAAGUUUAGCUGUUGAUCCUAAUGGCUUGUAUUUGAUGUCUGGCAGUCAUGACUGUUCCAUUCGCUUGUGGAAUCUUGAAAGCAAGACCUGCAUCCAAGAAUUUACUGCUCAUCGCAAAAAGUUUGAUGAGUCCAUUCAUGAUGUGGCAUUCCACCCCUCCAAAUGUUAUAUUGCCAGUGCAGGAGCAGAUGCCCUGGCUAAGGUGUUUGUAUGACAGAGUGCUUCCCUUUCAACUCUAGCUUUGUAUAUAUUUAACCAGCUGCACAAAAGAGGAGGGCAUGAGUGGUCUUAUCCUGCCCUACAAUUCAGAGAAUGUUUGUAAGUGUUUAGUUUUGCAGGGUGCUGUUUUCUAAAUUGACGUUUGUUCUGGUUUCUGUGAGCUCAGCUGGUGCUGAGAGCUUGGAAUCUCUCAGUUUCAAAUAGUUAAAAAACAAAAGAAAUGCUUUUAUUUCAGAGGGUGUGAAUUUUCGUCCAGGCAGGCCUUGGGUGAAACUAGGUCUAUGUAUUCUCUAUUAAUAAAAUGGAGUACUGGAAAGAAGGGGUCUAAUUGCAUCAGGGAGUAGGAAAAGAGGGAAACUUCCUAGAAUGCUUCUCAUUGAGGAAUCUUAAUGUACUUAAAUCACCUGGAAGAAGUGUCACUUCACAUGCCUACUACUGUGUCAUGCGAGAGGCACUUUGUCAUCCUUUUGGUAUUAAUAAAGUAGAUCUUGUUCAGAGAGCAGUAGCAGAUAGUUAAUCUUAGCCACCUGGCUGCUAGCCUAAGAUACAUGCAAUUAAAGGAAAGCAAAUUACUAAAGUUAAAAUGCAGUAAAGUUUUUGUUACAUCUUCUGUCUUAUACAGUAAAUAUUUAGUUUGCAAAAAACCCCACCAUUUUUAAGAGACUUUAUUAGUGUGUGGCUAGAAGCUGAGCCUUUAGUCUAGUCCCAAUUAACAACAGACUGAAGCAGUCUGUAUGUACUGUAGUAGCAGAUUUAACUUAUUCAGAUUUAUAAUGCUGUUCAUUCUUGAAGAUCUGGCACAAGAAAUUAUCACAAAGCUUUCCAAAGAAGCUGUCCGACAAUUUAACUAUCAAAUGUUCAUCUCCUCUUUCUGUUCCUGCUAAAAAAGGAUAUUAUUCUGGGCAUUAAGGAUAACAGUGAAAUACUUCUUUUGAAGAUUAAACCAAUACCUGAUGCUUUGUAUGAGUCUUGCUAGUGCAAUAGGUUGGAACUAUGCAAAGUUCCAUCAGUCUGAGAGAUUCUGCUAUUUCUAGAGGUAUUUCCCAGCUUCAUCAUUUGCGGGACCUUAACUUGUCUGCUUCACUGGGUAUAUUAUGCCAUUGAUUAGGCUACCUGAAGAAUGAGUGUUUCUUUUAAUUACUCAACAGAUGUGCUUUAUGUGUUAAGAGCUGCUCUGAUUUGAAUGGCAAAGAGCUUUUAAUCCGAUCAUUUAGUCUUUUUUUUCCCUUCUUAAAGGAAGGUGAGUGGAUUCUUUUCUAUUACAUGUCAUCAUCAGAGUUACUACUGCUCAUAAGCCUGAAGUUGGUGUUUUCCUCUAAUGUGAAUGGAAGGCAGGAUUUCUGGUGCUGAUGUGAGUAGGAAAGAACCCAAUGCAACUUGUCCAUAUACCAGCCUGAGGUUAAGACUGGAAACGAUAAAUUAAUCUUUACCUUUAAACUGACACUUUUUAAAAAGGAAUUGUUGGAAGAUACCAACGUAGGGUUUGACUGUGUUGGUUUGAGAGUGGCAUUUGGGGAUGGGACCACAUUUGAAGCUGAUCUCAGAGUUUAAAACAACUUAUGUUAUUUAGAAUAAAAGAUUGACCUAUGCUGUUUGAGCCUACGACGCAUAAUAGUUACUGCUAAAAUAUCCUGGAAUACCUUUUAUUGCUCAGAAUAUUCAGAUACGUCACUUCAUGAUAUUGAUACACAAUAUAUUUCCAUAGAUAAGAUUAGAACUUUCACCAUGAAACAGAUGACUGCAAUAGUAAUUCAGAUUAUUUAGUUUUUAUAAAGUGUUUUGGUUAUGAUAGAAAGGGGGAAACUUGGCUGCAAAACUGAGCAUUCAACUUUGUGAGAGUUCUGUGUACUUGAUUCAUAUUCUUUCAGUGUCAUUAUUUUAUUUCUUUUUGAAGAGGAAAUUACAAAGAUUUAUUUGAAAAGUUCUAAAAGUUAUGUAUAUUAUAUAUGUGUAUAUAUACUGUAAACAUGUAUUAAAUGUGUCUAGUAAGGGAAGACUCCAUGGGUGCAUUUUAAUGUUUUAGUAUUAAGAGUUCUCUUGAGUUUGUGUAUACAAAGGAUAAUGGUGUGAGUAUGAAAUGAAUGUUGUGCUUUUGCUUACACAGUACAAUAUGUAGUUACAGUUGUUUAAAUUGCUGUACAUAAAACUAAUAGGCCAGCAUGCUUGGUUUUAAAGACUGUCGUUCUGAUUACAAUUGGAAUGUAAGAAGUGGCUGUUCAAAUGUGAAUUGAAAGAUGUUUUCUUCUCACUAUUGAGCUCAUGCUCAAACUGAAAAGUGAUUCUUAUUUUUUUUUUUAAGCUGGCAAUAGCUAGAGGAUGAGGUGCCUUUAAAAAACAAAACAAAACUAAUGUAGCCUUACAAAGAGGUUGUGGAGUAUAUAUAUUUUUGUGCUGGUCUUCAUAAUUGAUGUCAAUGUCUUUUUACUGUACUUGCUCACAUAAGUGUAGGACUGCAGGGUAUUGUGCAUGAGCCUGUCAGAUCUUCUGAUCAUCAUUUUAGGAAUUAGGGAUGAAAAAAUUAUUUAGGUUAUCUAGUCCAUCUGCUUGCUAAAGCAGGGUUGUAGACUUGUGCAUUUUAAUAUUGUCUUGGCCAGUGAGGUUUUAUGUAUGUUUUAAACAAUGAGGCUUCCUUUCAAACAUAAUGUCUCACUGACAGGAGGAUUUACAUUAUGUUUGCUAUUUCCUUUUUGUAACUUCACGCCAGUAUUCCAAGCCAUGUUUUGUGCCAUUAUACAUAUUGCUCAUUGUCUUUGUAAUUUGGAACCUGCAUGCAUGCAGUGAUUCUAGCUGUAGCCUCCCUUUUCACUUUCUUCAAACUAUUUUUCUCUCCGCUCUUUUUACACAUUUUUUUUUGUGUUUUGUUUUCAGCUUUUUAGCUCAGUUCUCCAUAACACCCAUAACACCAUUCCACAUACAUGAUUUGUUGGACGUAGCUGAAGGUUAUCUGUUAAAAGUGUGGCUUUUGUUUGGUUGGGGGUUUUUUCCCUCUGUGACGUGAUGCUUUUGUGUAGGAAGACCAAACUUCUGGUCUUCUGGCUACCAUCUCACAAACCUAUAUUGUAUUCCUUUGUUUUUGCCAACUAUUUUAAAAAACUUUGAGCUUUGUUUCUUCUUCACUUUCAAUAUAUUGUGAAGAAUAUGAUUCUUUUGCAGCUAGAUACUGAAUUCCUGUUUCAUAAUUAUCCUGGUUUUAAAAGCUUCAAAGUUUUGAUCUCUGAGGGCACUAAAUUAUUUUUAUUUUUUCCCCUUUUAUGUGCAGUUUUUCCUGGUUCAAUGUAAUUGGUAACUUUCAUGAAUAUGAUAUGUACAUCUGUUGAAGAUGUAAGCAAAACUGGACCUAAAGCUUCUUAUUGCAAAAAAAGCAUGUUUGCGCAACAUCAGUAUAUGGCAUUUUACCAUUACUGUUUUUCCCGUAUCUAAUUUACAUGGUACACUUUUAAAUGGUUAACUCAUAUAAUUUUUUUGUAUAUGUUAGCGUGUGCUGCUGAUUUUGGUUUUACUAACUAAUUUAAUGGGAGAAUUUUCAGACCUUCUGUAUGUUGAAAAUCGGUCUGCUAGGUUUAAAUAGUCUCAUUUUAUUUACUGUGCUGUUUGCUUUCAUAUAUUUGAUUCAGUUACCAAAAUGCUUGCACAAAAUUAUUUGAAGUAGCCUGGAAGAAGCUCUAGAUGUAAUUAUAUUGUGGAAAACAUUCUCUUCACUCUUACAACAUUCUCAUGUCUGCAUUUAUUUUUGUGCCUCAAUGAGAAAACUUUUGUCAUACCAUGUAAAAGAUUUUAUUACUUGUAAGAGAUCACCCAUUGAAUAUUUUGGGAUCUCAUUCACCUUCAUUUUGAUCAAAUAUGUUCUUUAGCAAGAAAUGUCUAGAACUACAUGCCACAUACUGUAGGUUAUGGGGUUUUUUUCGGCGGUAUAUUUUCAAGUAACAUUAUGUUAAAGCAGUCCCGUAUGUAAUGCGUUUUGAGUAAGUGUGUGAUGUUCACUGUACAGCUUUGUGAUUAGGUCAUAUAGCACCAUUUUGCAGUUGUGCAUUUAAAGAAACCAGAAACUUGUCCUUUUGAAUAAAUCUGUAAGAGAUAAAGGACAUAGUUACACGACCUUUUUCACUACACCUGUUUGAUCACAGAUGUGUGCCCUUUCGCCCCUUCCUUCUUUGCAUUUUAAUGCUGUAAUGUUGGGGAGCAGCAUAAUUCCAUAAACUGAUGUGUCAUUUGAGCAAUGUUUGAUUGGCAGAAGCAUUAGUCGAUCCCAAAGGAAACAAAAAUUUUAAGAUGGGCAGAACUAUUAGAUAUGCAAGUUUGGGAUUUUUUUUUUUUUUAAUGCCUUUCAAAAUGUGCGUUUGGACACGUUUGCAGGCUGUGGUUUGGCAGUGUCUUUGCAGACUGUCCUAGGGAGCCUACUUAACACCUGUGUGAAAUACCUAGUAAACCUGGUAAAGCCUAGCAAUGUGGGUUGAGUUGAGGAAGAAAAACGAGCCAUUGUGGUUAUCCCUGUGAGGGACCGUAGCAGUGUUCUUCUUGGAGUCCUCUUUGCUGAAAGCAUCAGGCUUGCAGUCUAAGGAGUAAUUCCUACAGCAUGGGAGGAUCUGCAAACGAGAUUAUUUGUAGGCAGUGGUCAUUUGGAUUGUGUGCUGAACAGUGAGGGAAGCAGGGAGACCAUUUGCUGAACUCUGUAGGAGAUAGAUGGUAGGUUAAAUGGCCAGAACCGAUGUGCCCUCCAUGUGACUGUUGUUAUCACAGGAGAAUUUGGCUGGGGAGCAGUGCAGAGUUUAGCCUGAUGGUAUUGCAAAGGACAACAUUAAAAGGUUAGAGUAGCAAGUGUGGUGAGGCUUUCCCAUAAUGAUUCUUCAGAUUUAUUCAUUGAUCCAUUCGGUGCAGGUUAUAUGAAGGAUAAAAUCUAGAAUCCAUUCGGAUUCCAAAUUGUGCACUUGUGUCAAAGUAAAGAACAAAGUGGAGAUUGUUCAGAUUUUGAAAUUGUGUCACUUUAGAUGAGGACAUGGCAAAAGAUUUGUAAUAGCAUAUUACUUAAACUCUAGGAACUCUUCUAGUAACGUAGUCUUCAUGUUGGGGACCUAGUUAUAUGACCGUAAGUUCCUCGGACACUGUAGUGGUACUACUCUUUUGCUUCUAGAUAAACAGUUAUUUAAAAACAAAAUUGCAGGACUAAGGCUUUGUUUCAUGAUGUUCAUUAAUAUUGAACCAAAGUCAAAAAUUUGGGAAGCAGAGUAGAAUUUCAGGCUUGUUUCUCGUUUUUAUUAUCUUUUUUUUCCCCCUUCAGUCAUAAUCUGCAUAUUUAAUAUGUAUUACAUACAGUGUCAUCUGUAUGAUUCACUUCACAUUAAAUAGCCCAUUCUAUAAAAAAUGAUCCUUCAGUACUUUCUCACACAAAUGGGAUGUGAAUGGGAUCAGAGGUUCCAGGUAAUUUGUGACUCACUUAGCACAUGUGUCUUUCAGUUUUCUAAUGGAUGAGCUGAUAAGUCAUGAAAGUCAUUGUGAAAACAUGUUGCUGCUUGUAAUACAGCAUCUAAAAACAUUCUGAAAUUUAUGGCUUUGUAGUAGAAAUUGUUUUGGACUACACUGUUAAAGAAUGAAGAAAUCGGAAUAUGAUAGUAAAACACAUAUGGUAAAUCAGUUUGUAUGAGAUGUUGCAGUCUUUGACAUGGUAAUUUGAGUUUUCUUGGGCAUCUGCUGUUUGUGAGCAUCAUAGAGAUGCUUGGCAUAGCUGUUAGUAUUGAGUGACAGAGGCAAAGCAAAGAUUUCCCUGAAAAACCUACUCAGAUGUUUCAGGAAGCUCCCUUUUUCCAUAAGGAUAUGAAGGUGAUGAGAAUAUUUUAUCUAAACCUUACAAUGUAUUCAGUUGAAGGGGGUUACAAUAGGCGAACAGUCUUGAUUCUUGUGUCAUCAGUGUCUUGAAGCUUAGAGACGGCACCGUUACUGAAAUGAAUGGCCUGUAAACUGUUAGUCAAAACCUCCACAAUGUUUCUACUGAGCAGCAGAGAAACUGCUGGAAACCACAGUGUCCAUAUGUCCAGCUAUUGAGGGGGUGUUUUACAAGAAAUAACCCAUAUUGUAAAAGAUAAUAUUAAUAUACGGUAGAACAAAUCAACAAACACCUGGGGAAUGGGGGGGACUAGGAUGACCUUUGUGUAAAUACUCCUUGCUCAGACAAGUGCUCUGGUUCAGCUGAUGGGACUAAUCCCAAGAGGGAGGGUGGCUUUACAUCAGACUUUCCUAAUGAUGACUCUGCCUGCACCUAAUGUUGUUCAGGUUAUCUAUUCUUUUGAUGCUUGUUUAUUAACUUUCCACUUAAAUCCUCCUUUAGGCUAUAUUUUCUGAAAAUCUUAAAAUCUCGUCUGCAGUGAAGUCUCACUGCAGGGUUGAUUUCAUAAAGGACUAUGGAUUUUCUCUUAGACUAUUUUUUGAAGUGUGAUGGUGUUUCAGCUUCAGUCCUACCCCUCCCACCACCAAAAAGCAGAUUUGUACCUCCUUAUUCCCAGUUCCUUUAAUUCUACUGAGUUCUGUCUUACCCCACCUGCUAACUUAAUUUUGCUGUUCUGUAGUCUGUUGUGAGACCUUAAGAAGUGCUGUAUCAUUUAGGAUGUUUUAGAGAAUCUAAAUUCCCCUGUAGAAGGUGUAAGCCCAGUUGAACAGCACAAUUUGUGGUUCUCAGCUGGUUCAUUGUCAAAUUUGUUGCUAGAUGACAAAAUCCAAACUAUGGCUGAGCUAAAAAGACACUGCAUAAUAACAAAUGCUUUUUAGCCCAGCUUUCUUCCUGAUCAAGUCUGGGUUAUACUGUGCGUUAGUUUCGCCCUGCUCAUGCUGCCAAGCCAUGCUGUGAUCCUGGGAGAUCACACCCACGUUUAAACCAUGCCUGCACCUGUGUUUUUAAGCUGCUGAAAACCUUCUGUUGACAUGGUCCUCGAGCCCAGUCUACUUGCAUUCCCUCAGUUUGAACUGCAGGCUCCCAAAAUUACUUCCUUGCUAUUUCAAGAAACUCUUGGUCCUCGCACCGUAGGAUUGGACAGGGAAGUUGAGAAAAAAUUAAUGGAGCUGGAUUUGUACUGUUCUGAAAGGGAAGGGAUAACUUGUUGCCAAACCAAAUAUUUUCAUUAUUUUUGGAUUACUUAUUAAAAGCAGCCAAAAACAUUGUAUAAGGGAUAAAUUAUGGACUUCAAGCUAAUAUUUUUCCAUUAAGAAUUUAUUUUUUUAUUCUUCUUGUCAUCAAGAUAUAGUGCUUUUUGAAUGUAGCUUGUUUUCAGAUGUAUGGCUCCUAGAAUUGUUUCCUUGCAGUCAGACAUUUACAAACAUGCAUAGGUUUUGAAAACUGUCUCAUAUGUGUUAGCACUUUUUCUGGAAAUGAAAACUGAGCAUGUUAGCUAAUAAUUUCUUGUACCUUUAUAGCUCAAGCAGACUGAAAAGCGGCCUUGUGCUAUGUAUUCCUUGAAUCAUGCAUCUGAAAAAACUUGUAGAAGAAAAUCCGUGAUGAGAAGGCAAUUGUUGCUGUAAGAUUUUCUGUUGACAUUGUCAACAUUUCAUUUCAUAUUGUAUUUCAUAUAAAUAUCUUCAAUUGGCUUCUUUUAAAAGAAACUGUCAGGUUAAAAAAACUUUUUUUUUUUUGCCUUUUGGACCAUAUGUUGGAAUGCUUUUUUUGUUGCUUAUAUUAAUACACUUUUUUCCUCUUCUGUACAAGAAUAACUAUUGAACUCAGAGUUACCUGUCAGUUUUCUUUUGGAGAAGAUGCCACAGGUGAUAACCACUUAAAUGUCAAUAAUUACAGUUGCUUCUCUUCUGUUCUGGGUCACUUCCAUGACACAUAGUUGAUAGGAAAAGGCUACUGUGACUGAUACAUAAACAACUAAAGGGAAUUAAGACUCCCCUUCAGAAUUAUUCUGAGGUUGUGAUUUUGCACGCAGUUUUGAAUAACUACUCUGAAACAACAGUGCUGGGCUUCAAGUGUCUUGCAAAGUGGUGGAUCCAAAUGAGAAAUACCUUCUUGUUGAGUAAUAGUCUGCUUGUCAGUUUCUGUGUAUGGCUCAGUACAAGGCUGUGUCACAAUUUCAGUACCACCUAGUUACCUUGUUUAAAUGCUACUGUUGUACAAAAGUGAAUUUUUUUUUAAGUGAGAUGCUCUGUUUUCUAACUUGUGAAGGAAAUAGUUUUACUUGGGAGUAAGCAUCCAUAAACUGAAUGUAUUUCAUGAUUUCAGAAAGGCUUCUUAAUCACGGGACGUGAGAAAAGUGAAAAAAGUGAUUCGUUCUCCAAAGAUUUGAUAAGCAAGCAUUUAUUAUAAAAAGUAUAAAUUUUUUCUUUAAAUGAAAAUGUUUCUUCAAACACUUUAAUAUUAAACUUCUUACUAAAAUUUGGUAGUUUAAAAUCCUGGAUAAAUAUCUAAAAUAUAAAAGAUAGAAAAUUCUGAGGGAGAUUAUUUUGAAAUACGCCAGUAUAUAUUUUUGAGUGUCAAAAUUGCAGCCCUGAAUUUUCUCUUUUUACUGCAAUUCAUAUUUAGUGAAACUUCUUGGAUAGGUUAUAUUUAAAGCUACAUUCACUUUCCUGAGUAAGUCAAGUAAAUAUUUUGUCAUUACAAUUAUAUAGAUCUGCUUAUGUUAGUGUGCUGUUUAAAAUGAGACCACAUCGAGGUAACCAUGCCGGUAUUUGUGUUGGUAUGACAGUAGUGGAGUGGGGUAGCUGCAUACUGUACCCGCAUCCUGUGCUGAGCAAAAUCACGUGGACUUCCAGAAGUAAGCAAUGGUUUUUAAGAGCAGCUUUAUUUAAUGUUACAGCAGCAACUAAGUGUCAUUUGUACCAUAUAAUUAUGUAAAUGGGGUGCUAAUAAAUACUAUUUUUCAACA